UCCAUCUUUCCUUUUGUAAAUUGCCUGUUGAACGUGUCGGUUCUCUUGCGGAGCUAAGGCCAAUUUUUGGCGACUACACGUUUAUUCGCAAUAAAAUUUAAUCAAAAAAACAAUGUCGACAAAAGCUGAGCUUGCAUGUGUUUAUUCGGCCCUAAUUUUGGCUGACGACGAUGUCGCCGUAACGGGUGAGAAGAUACAGACCAUCUUGAAAUCUGCUGGUGUCGACAUUGAACCCUAUUGGCCAGGACUCUUCGCCAAAGCCCUGGAAGGAGUCAACGUCAAGGAACUGAUCACAAAGAUCGGCUCCGGCGUUGGAGCAGCACCCGCCGCCGGUGGUGCGGCCGCUGCUGCUGCUCCUGCAGGCGGUGAUGCAGCUCCUGCCAAGGAGGAGAAGAAGAAGGAAGAACCAGAAGAAGAAUCCGACGAUGACAUGGGCUUUGGUCUCUUUGACUAAAAGUCGAUGAAUCGUCACCAAAACUUUUCGACUGUACAAACUGUACAUUGAAAUUUUAAUAAAAACGAAAAAAAAUUGAAACUUGAA